AUGCCCGCGCCCGACGGCAGCGACCAGCCGCGGGCGCGCCCGCCCCUCGUUUCGCGGCGCCCGUCCCCGUCGUCCUCGUCGUCAUCCUCGGCGCCCGCCGCUGCUUCGGCGUCUGCGUCGGCGGGGUCGCUCUUUGUUCAUGUGCCCGAGCCGAGCGAGCUGGCGAAUCUUCCGGCGCAGAGCGUCGACAUGCGCAAAGACCUGGCGACGAUUGCGUCCGAGGCCCAUGACUUGGCCGUCGUGAAGGAAGAGUGCCUGGCGCGGUGGCGUCAGUUGGCCUGCGAGUCGUUUGGCGGCGAGGGAACCUUUGCGUACCCCGACUUUCCGCCCGUCCCGCUGUCGCUGCCUUUCUUUUCUGCCGAGCCGGUGCUCCAGCUGCGCGACUCCGACCAGCAGGCGCCAUCCCCUCCUGCGGCGCGCGAGCCGACGACGCGCCCGGGGCUCUCCGCCUCGCUGCACAACGUCGCGGCCUCGCCUGCAUCCGACGUCGCCUCAAGCCGCGCCGGGGAAGCUGCUUCUGGGCUAAGCGCGAAGAACGCCCCCCCGCAGGAGGAUGCGACAGAUUUUUCGGCGCGCGUCGUUGUCGCCGCGCCUUGCCUCGAAGUCAUCUUUGGAAGCGCGACGCGGAAGGGCACGGCCCACGACAACGAGGACCGACUCAGCAUUGCGUACUGGGGCGGCGUCUCCGAGCGCCUCCUGAGGCUUCCUUCGUUGUCCCUGCCUUCCUCGUCUCACGCGGCGGCGCCGGCCGCCGGGAACCGCCAGCUGAGCGUGCCUCCGGCCCGCGACGCGGACGCGGGCGAGGGGGCGAGGCGCGAAGCCGCAGACGCGCAUGCGGGCGCCGCCGCACCGCCUCCUGAUGACGAGGCUUAUCGCAGCCGCUCCGCGAGCGAAGGGCCUGCUGUGGGCGCCCAGGGGUCGGCCGGCAGCGCGUCUGGGCGCCGGCGUGCGGGCGCCGCUGGAAGCCUCUGCGGGCCGUCCUCGUCGCUGCAAACGGGCAUGCAGGGCGUGGGCGCGUCGCUGAAUUCUACCUCGACGUCGAACGACGACGACGACGACGCCGAGACGCAGGAGCGGACAGUGAGCGAGGUUGUGCGGGUGUUUAGUGCCUCAAGUCGGCGCAGGCCUCUGGUCGGGGUGCCUGUCCCGCGGACUACGCCAGUGGACGAGGGCGACGCAGAGCUCGAGAGCGAGCUCGCGCUGCUGCAGAUGUCUUCGGUCUCGCCAGCCUACCGCGCGGAAGAGGAGGCGCGGCUGCGGCGCGCGUACGCCCAGCGCAAGAAGGAGCGCGAAGCGGACGCCUGCCUCCAGGAAAUGGUGCUGGCGCAUGAGGCGCACGGCCACCGCAGGCGCUGGCCAAAGCCCAGCGCGUCGUCGCUCCUGUUCCAUCACUGCGGAGGCGCGUCGGGGCGCCGGGCGGAGGAGGUGGAGGGCGGCAGCCAUGAGUCGCGCUCGGCGUCACCGUUUCUCUGCUUCAUCACGCCCCACGGGCGCGUCUUGCCGCAGAAGCUGCCUGCGAAGCGCGCGGGCAGCGAUUUGCUCAUGGAGAUGCCGUUUGUCGCCGCGAAGAAAACGCGGUCCUGCCACGCGGCGGCGCUCAUGGAGUCGAACUUCUGGCACGACCGGGGCAAGAAACGCGUCCAGGGCUGGGGCUACACCUCGCACGCACCGCUGGACGUCGCGGUCGGCAGCGAGGCCGGCACAGAGAAUACCUCGCCCUCUGGCGCGUCCUCCGUGGCGCAGACGAACGCGAGGAAGCCAGGCGAGGGCAAGGCGCACGCUGCGCCUGAGACCGAUGAACACAAUAGCGCGCGGCAGAGACGCAGCUCCUUGUUCGGUCGACGCUGGUCCAGCGGGAACGGGCACUUUGGGGCGAAGGGGCAUCAAGGCAAGGAGAAGGCGGAGGGCAAGAGGGGCGGAGAGCCCGGUGAAGACGAGUCUGCGCGCGGGUCGCAUGCCGACGGCGAAAACGCUCGAGCCAAGACGCCCUCGGCCGGUUCGCAGCACGACAGCGAGAACGAGGGGAUGUUUACCCUGAUGCGGCGACCCUCUUCGCUGUUUUUGAGAAGACGCCGCAAGCGGAAGGACAGCCAGAAAGCGAAAGACGACGCGCAUGAGCAGACCUCUGCCUCUCGUCCGCAAGGAGGCGAGGGGCCCGCCUGUGGCGAGCACGGUCAGGCGCAGGCCGCCCCAGCGACGGGCACCGCUGUCGCGUUGAAGCGCGAGGCUCCAGCGAUCCCACUGACGCUUCGAAACGCGCCGACGUUUCUGUUCACGAUCUGCGACGGCCAUGACGGGCCCAGUGCCGCAGUCUUCGCCGCGCUGGAACUUCCCAAGCUUCUCUGCUGUCGGACGGGGCGCGAGCGCGUGGGGAAGAAGGCGGACCCGCGGGGUGGGCGAGGCGAGACGGAGGCCGCAGGCAAGAAGGGCGGAGACUCGCCGCUGUGGAGGCAGAUCGUCAGCAGAGGCAGCAGUGCGCUCAGCCGGAAGCAGACUUUGCUUCAGAAGGGUGGCUGCAGAGCCUUCGACAGCGGAGGUUCGAGAGACGACCAGCGAGACACUCUCUUCAAGGAUGCGUUCCACGAACUGGAUAGCAACUUCAGGCGGCAAUGCCACCACGCGAGUGUGCGGACUGGCCGCGCGUGCACCAGCGGCGCCUGUGUCCUCUCGGUGCUGGUUCGGGGGAACGAACUCAUCUCGCAGAACGUGGGGGACUGUCGCGCGGCGCUGUUGACGAUCGACCUCGAGGCCGGCGCGCACAUGUACCGUGGCGCGCUGCGGUGCGGCGGCUCCUUCACGCCUGACGACGUCCUCGAAGUCCGCGGCGUCGGCGACUUGCUGCGCAGCCAGGUCUCGUCCUCGGAGGAAGAAGAGGCAGACAGCGAGCCUGGCGAGGAGGGAACGGGCUCCGCGAACGCGAAUCGCUGUGAGGACGCGCGCCCGCAGAACACCCGCGACUUCGACGCGGCGACGGUCAAGCGCGAGGGUGGCGGCGCGCCGACGGCCGACAGGGUGCCAUGCGUGGAGCCGAGACGUGGAGGAGACGCCGGCGGUGGGACAGCAGGAAACGGUUUCGCCUUCUCUGCGCCUCCACGCGGCGACGACGAGGCGAAGGUCAGGGUGGACGACAAGCGCGAAGAGGACGACGGGCAACACGCGCUUUUGACGUCUCCGGGUCGCGGGCUGACUCGGAUCGCCUACCCGCUCGACGUCGCGUCGACUGGCAAUGGGAGGGUCUCGCACUCUUCAUCGUUUUCUUCGUUCCCCUCGCGGCCUGGCUCGCUCUCAUCUCUCUCGCUGGCGAUAGACUGGGUGUCGAGUGCGCCGGAGGAGUUCGAGGCCGACGAGAUUCCGACCGAGACAGAGACUUCCUCCUCGGCACCCCCCUCGGGGGACUCUCAGGCUGGGGACUCGAAUAGCUUCGCGCGCGGCGCGUCGAUGGCCGCCUCAGCCCUGUCCUCGAAUUCCUCGACGGCAGACACCGCAACUCUGCCCUUCGCCGCUCGCUCGCCGUCCAUCUCCAUCGGCGCGCGGCUGCGCGCAGGCGAGCGUGCAGACUCCCACCCGACGUUCUCUUGCCUCUCGUCGUCUUCGUCAUCCCUCGCCUCGUUUUCGCCUCCGUCGUCCUCCUCGUCCUCGGCGCCGGCAGCGGGCGCGCGGACGGCGCUCUCGUCGGGCGGCGACGAAGUGACGGGGAGCAUGCCCGCGCCAAGCGCGCUUUCGCCGGGUGCCGCCGCGGGCUCUUCGGGCUCUGGGGUCACCGCGUCUGUGAAGAAGCCGGCGAAGCGGAUGGUGAAGGUGUCCAAGUACCGGCUGCGGCACCCGUACCAGGAGAGGGCGCUGAUGCUGCAGUACCUGAACACUGAGCACAGAUGCAGCGACCCGCGCGAGUUGGCGCGGAUUCGCCGGGCGGGAGGGUCGAUCCUCGGGGGGCGCGUGGGCGGCAUCUUGGAGCCGGCGCGGACGAUCGGCGACUUCGAUGUCAAAGACGCGCAGCCGUUCGGAGUCUUGACUGCGACGCCCGACGUGGCGCGCGUGCGAAUUCGCAAGCCGUCGCUGCUGCUGCUGGGCACGGACGGCAUCUGGGACACGCUGCUGCCCUCUGACAUCCUCGCGUGCAUGCAGAAGAUCCCGCAGCUGUGGCAGCUGAUUCUCGAGGCGUUUCGCGACCGCAUGGACGAGAAGGCGCGCGCGGUCGAGGCCCGCAGGCGGCAGAGCGACCCCGAGACGGGGGGCGCGGCGGCGCCCGCCGCGGCAUCUGCCAAGUCCACGACGCCUCUGACGGGGCAGGCGCUGCGAGAGAUGCAGCGCCGGCGACGCGAAGAGCUCGAGGAAGAAGAAGCGACGUAUCAGGCAGAGAGGAGACAAAAGCUGACCAAGCCGCAGCGCCUGGAGAAGGGCAUCAAAGCCGACAUGCUCAGUCGGCUGUGCGAGGAACUCAUCAAGGCGGCGCGACGCCGAGGGAGUGAAGACGACGCCACCUGUCUGGCAGUCUUCCUCAACCCCGCCAGUCCGGCCGCGCAGCCUGAAGAGACGCCCACUUCGCCUGUCUCCGACGCGGCCGACGCGCACACGUGUCUUCCCACGAUGUUCUCCGGCGAACGCGGCGCGAAAACGAAGUAG